CCUCUGGUCCUUCCUGUCUGUCUCCUUAUAGGUGGGUCCUUCAGUCUCUCCUCUCCUCACACUCCAACCUGCUCAUCUCUCAUCUGGACAGUAAGGGUUGUUCACAUCACACACUGACAACAUGCUGGGGACACUCUGCACUCUCAUCACUGCUUUAACAUAUGCUAGUUGCCAUAAAGCAGUGAUACAGACACCUUCAGUACUGACUGUUGGUACAAAAACAACUGCUACUUUUAACUGUGACAUUACCAAAGAUGAAAAAUAUUAUAUAUACUGGUAUAAUCAGGUUCCAGGAGGAGUUCCUAAAUUUGUAUUAAGGUUUCACCAUUUAAAGGCCUCUCCUGACAAAUAUGGAACUGGGUUCUCCUCUGAUCGUUUCACAUCUAAAUCCACAUCUAAUAAGGAUUAUCAGUUCAUUAUCAAUAAUGUGGUGGAGACAGACUCAGCAGCAUAUUAUUGUAAAACAUGGGACAACUCAACUUCCGAGUAUGUUGUGGUAUUCGGACAAGGAACCAAGCUUAUCAUCACUGACUCUACUCUCCCUCCACCUGUCUUGACCAUCCUCCCUCCAUCCAGUGAUCAGUUGAAGUCCUGUAAAGUCACCCUGGUGUGUCUGGCCAGUCAGAUGGCCAUGGGCUACGCCGAUGUCAGCUGGACCGUAGGUGGGAGUCCAGUCACCAGUAACAUCGUUACCAGUACUGCUGUACCACAAGAUGACAAGACGUUCCAGCUCAGCAGCUAUUUGACCACUGACACGUCAGAAUGGAACCAGGACAAAGAGUUUUCAUGUAAAGUCACUGUGGGCUCCAAGUUCACUGAGAAACGCAUCAAGAAGUCUGAAUGCAGCACUGAAUAAUU